AUGGCGCCCAACAAAGCCGCUCAGGCUAUAACCAUGGCGACUCGGACUACACGUGGACCGUCAUCGUUACUAUCAUCAGUACCGCGGAGAAGUCUUGCGCGCCGGGCACCGGUUUCGUUCCUCAAUGGACGAGAAAGACGAUCCAUGGCAUCUGUCUCUGAUUCCCAGGGGAACGGGAAGAAAGUCGCGCCGUUGGAGGGGAUUCGUGUCUUGGAUAUGACGAGGGUUUUGGCCGGGAUUCUGGGGGAUUUGGGUGCCGAAGUCAUCAAGAUUGAACAUCCGACUCGGGGCGAUGACACGAGAGCUUGGGGGCCGCCGUUUGCGAAGUAUAAAGAUGGCGCGGUUGUGAAAGGAGGUCGGGCGGGCGAGAGUGCUUACUUUGUUGGGGUCAACCGCAACAAAAAGUCCGUGGGACUAUCAUUUCAACAUCCCGAAGGCAUCAAGAUCCUGCAUGAGCUGGCCAAGACCUCGGACGUCCUGGUGGAAAAUUACAUUCCUGGGGCGCUCAAAAAGUAUCAGCUCGACUAUGAGUCGUUGCGCAAGAUCAAUCCACGACUCAUCUACGCCUCCAUCACCGGCUACGGCCAAACAGGGCCCUACAGCAAACGAGCAGGCUACGACGUAAUGGUCGAAGCGGAAUUCGGUCUCAUGCACAUCACGGGCGAACGCAACGGUUCACCAGUCAAAGUCGGGGUGGCAGUCACCGACCUAACAACAGGCCUGUACACAGUAAACGCAAUCAUGGCAUCAUUACUAGCCCGCCAAAGAACCAACCAAGGGCAACAUCUAGACGUUGCCCUCUCAGACUGUCAAACCGCAACACUGGCCAACAUCGCCAGCAGCGUACUGAUCAGCGGCGAACGCGACCAAGGCCGCUGGGGCACGGCACACCCGUCCAUCGUGCCCUACAAGGGAUUCCAAACCGCCGACGGCGAUAUCAUGAUUGGCGGCGGUAAUGACCGGCUAUUUGGGAUCCUGUGCGACAAACUCGGUCGGCCGGAGUGGAAAACGGAUCCCCGGUUCGUCACGAAUGAUGUCCGUGUUGAGAAUCGUGAUGUUCUCGAGCCGCUUAUUGAGGAGAUGACUCGUACCAAGACGACGCAGCAGUGGUUGGAUGUCUUUGAGGGCAGUGGGAUGCCUUAUGCGGCUAUUAAUGAUGUGAAAGAUACGCUGGACCAUGAUCAUACGAAAGCCAGAGGGAUGGUGACGGAAAUUCAGCAUCCUGCUUGUGGGGAUAUUAAGCUUGUUAGCCAUCCGGUCAAGUAUUCGGGUAGUGUUACGGGUGUGAGAUCGCCGCCGCCGACGCUGGGCGAACAUACGGAUCAAGUUUUGACGGAGGUAUUGGGAUUGGAUGGGAAGGAGGUCGAGGAGUUGAAGGGGAAGGGGGUGGUGGCGUGA